GGCAGAUUUAUAAAAGCCUAUUAUUUGAGUCGUACUUUUGCGAAACACAGAACAAGGGUUGGAUAAAACUCAACAAGUGAUGGCCUUGAAAAUUGUGUCGGGGAAUUCGAAAAGUAGAGCACGUUUGGACAAGAAUUGUAAUCUUCUUGGUGGUUAGUAUGUAUUGGCUGACGUUACAUUGAUAUUAAACACAGCUACUAACCUACCAACAGACCACUUUUCCCAUCUUUCCAAAGAAUAAAUAAAAAGCGCGGAAAAAAUGCGCUUAUUCGAGAGCUAAAAAACUUGCAAAGCUAUUUGCAAGAAAGCUAUCAAGACAGACCUGUAUAGUGGUUGGACAGGGGGAUUAUAAGCGGUAGCGCAGACUAGAAAUUUAACCGUCUAUAAUCAGUUCUGUGGUACACAACACACUAAAUAUGUGAAAUAAAAUCAGCGGGAAAUGACAGAUUCAAUUAUUAAUUGAAUAGUUUGCAUAAGAAGGCAACUGAAGGAACUUCAGUUUUAUAUUGUUCGAUCUCGUGCUAACGACUAAAUGAUGCAUAAUGAAUUAUGUUCAUACAACCUUGUUUUAAGAAAUUAGUUGAGGUUAGUAAUAUGGUUUCCACGACGGUCAUACCUUUUUCUACAAACCUAGAGUGGUCUCUGACACUGUGGAAACGGAAAUAUAGCAGAAAACAUGUCUUUGAAUUUUAAGUCAAACAGAUGAUGCUACAGUUGUCAGUCUGGUUAUUUCAUUGGUGUUAUGAAAUUUUAAAAACACUCUUAAUCCAGCCUCGGCGGAGGUUAGACUGUAGAAACAAGGCUGUCAUCUUUGCUGGCAUAGGUAAGCUUUAACUUAACUCAACUAAAACGAAAGAAAAAGAGCUAAAAUUGAAAAGGCGUGUCACAGCUGGUAUCAGGUGCCACACUCAUAUACCUCCCUACCACUAGACAUUUUUCAAUGCUUCUUUCGUAAAUGUUUAUGAUUAAAAUGAUAAUCAAACACGGUAGCCUAGACUGAGAACGUUAUAAAAACAAUACUGGUAAAAGGUUUGCAUCUAUCUUAGCUUUUAAAACAGUUCUUUCUUCACAUGUUCAGCUGAAAAAAAAAAAACCCGUCACCAUGGUAUCAAGUAAUGGCAUCUACACGCUGGUCAUUUGGAGCGUAACAGUGGUUUCUGUCAUUAGUUAUUGCCCACCUGGAACAAAGACAGAUAAUCCUCAAGGCCAAUGCUGUGCUUUUCCUUUUGUGUAUGGAGAUGUGACUUACCAUUCCUGUACCAAGGUCGCUCAUAACAGAGAAUGGUGUUCGUUAACUACCGUCUAUAUUGGAAAAUGGGCCAACUGCGUGAAUUCGUGCACAGACACCCCUUGCAAGAAUGGAGGAACCUGCACAGUAACUGGAGAUGGCAAUUACUUUUGCGAGUGUCCUGAUGGGUUUGAAGGAAACAACUGCGAGACAAAGGUUCCAUGUCCAGCUGGAACAAAGACAGAUAAUCCUCAAGGCUACUGUUGUGCUUUUCCUUUUAAGUAUGGAGGUGUGACUUACCAAUCCUGUACCAAGGUCGCUCAUCACAGAGAAUGGUGUUCGUUAACUCCCGAAUAUAGUGGAAAAUGGGCUAACUGCGUGAAUUCUUGCGCAGACACCCCUUGCAAGAAUGGAGGAACCUGUACAGUAACUGGAGAUGACAGUUACUUUUGCGAGUGUCCUGAUGGGUUUGAAGGAAACAACUGCGAGACAAAGGUUCCAUGUCCAGCUGGAACAAAGACAGAUAAUCCUCAAGGCUACUGUUGUGCUUUUCCUUUUAAGUAUGGAGGUGUGACUUACCAAUCCUGUACCAAGGUCGCUCAUCACAGAGAAUGGUGUUCGUUAACUCCCGAAUAUAGUGGAAAAUGGGCUAACUGCGUGAAUUCAUGCACAAACAACCCUUGCCAGAAUGGAGGAACCUGCACAGUAAUUGGAGAUGACACAUACUCUUGCAAGUGUCCUGCUGGGUUUGAAGGAAACAACUGCGAGACAAAGGCUCCAUGUCCAGCUGGAACAAAGACAGAUAAUCCUCAAGGCCAAUGUUGUGCUUUUCCUUUUGUGUAUGGAGGUGUGACUUACCAUUCCUGUACCAAGGUCGCUCAUCACAGAGAAUGGUGUUCGUUAACUGCCGUCUAUAGUGGAAAAUGGGCUAAUUGUGUUGAUGAAUGUGCAUCAGCCCCGUGUAGGAACGGAGCUACUUGCAAGACGACCGAGGAUGGCUACAACUGUCAGCCAUGUCCUACAGGAUGGAAGGGGAAAAACUGCGAUGAAGACGUCAAUGAAUGCGAAUCGACUCCUUGCAAUAAUGGAGGAACAUGCUUGAACCAACAAGCGGGAUAUUCAUGCAAGUGCAAGGACGGUUACUCUGGAGACCACUGUGAAGAAGACAUAAACGAGUGCGCUGGAAAUCCAUGUGCUAAUGGAGGUACAUGCCAUGAUCAAGUCGGGAAUUUCGUUUGUGAAUGUCCUACUGGUUAUGAAGGAACAAACUGUGAAAAUGACAUUGAUGAAUGCAAAGAUAAGCCUUGUGAAAAUGGCGGCACUUGCAUUAAUUCUCCCCCCGGAAGCUACACGUGUAAUUGCAUUGAGGGUUUCAAAGGAGAAAGAUGCCAGGAGGUGAAGUGGAAUUCUGAGGGAUGCUUCAAUGAUCACAGGAGGCCAGCGAAAAGAGUUUUUGGAAUCAAGUUUGCAACGAUCAGGGGCAUAAACAUUGCAAACCCAGACAUUGAGAAGGUGUUCAAUAUGUGCAGAGUUGCAGCAGAACAAAAAGGCUACAAGAUUUUUGCCAUUCGAGGGGUGAACAGAUGUGUCACAUCCAAAGAUGGAGAGCUAGCUGACUUUAAAAAGUAUGGUGCUUCAUCAAACUGCAAAACUGAUGAUCAGGGUCGUGGUGUUGGAGGAGAGGCCGUCAACUUUGUUUACACCAGGUAAACAGAAGAAGCUUGCAAUUUUGAAAGAAUGACUACGUAGGAGUAAUGAACGCGCCUAUAGGCUAGUAUUGGAUAACUAACAAAAGGCGCUGUGUCUAUUAAACUAAACAUGGUUGGGCUGGUCUUGUUAAAAGUUAAAUGGAUUGUUCAGGUGUUGGGCUAAUUUGUGUAAUAAGGAAGGAAUAAAACUGAAAUAAAAAAAGGUGGUAUGGGAACAUGUUGACGGUUAUUCAUUGGAGCAACAUUGUACUACUCUCACCAGCAAGUUUAAAAGACAAAAUUUUCCUCAAAGUUCGAUUGAUAUUAUUUUUCCGCUUUCUUUUACCCAAAAUACGAAACAGUCACAUCUUAUUUAAAAGCUGACAUUAAAUUUCUGUAAAACUGCUUACAUUAUGGAAUGAAACGCUUGAAGAGAGAGAUCCAGCCAAGGCUCGCACAUACGGAAUAAGAAGCUCUGUAUGCUUUUCUAAUCUUAUCAUGUGCCUGGUGGAAUAAUUCGCUUAGAUCGAAAUUAAAACAUCAUCCAACAGAAAGAGCAUUAUCUGAAGUACAAAUUUGCUACAAACAUUUAAAGAGCUUGUAACAAAACUUAGUCAGUUGGGGAAUUUUCUGUGGCUCUGGGUGUAAUAUAUGUAUAUUUUUAUUAUCAUUAUUACUACUACAACCACCAACUACCAACCACCCGCUCUGGAUGUAAUAAAGGAGAUUUGGCUUUCUAAAACUGUAAAAUUUCUCGGUAUCAAAAAAAUUAAGGAACACAUACAUUCUUUGUAAUAAUUUGGAAAUUUUAAACCUACGGCACACUGAAAUUUUUCAUGCAUCGGGGUCAAAUUUCAUGAGAGUGCGAAUUGUGCCAUGUCUUCAGUUCAAUAUUCAGAGUUAUAGCUCGAUAAAAAACUGAAGCUAUUAUCCCAGUGAGUCAAAUAUUUUUAAAAGAUUUCUUUCUUGACAAUUUCAAACAUUCAGUGAAACAAUGACCAUGAUUGAGAAGUAUUUCAUAAGACAAAUAAUUUUAACUGGAUUGCCAGGAUGUGAACAAUUAUAUUUAAUUUGGGUUCCAUUUCUACCAAAUGGUAGGCUGCGAGCAGUCUCUCUCUUGCUCGGAAAUCCAUGGAGAAGAACGCAUGUCACGCUGGCACGCUCACGACCGCUCACUUGUUUCGGGUUCUACUUUGCGUUCUCGAGCAAAAGAGAAACUGCGCGCAGUCUAAACAAAUGGAAUUACCAGCAAAUCCAGAUUUGUCCAUUUUUAUUUGUGUGUGAAUAGUUUUGUUAAAGAUAACUUUUGUAUUUUCAUGUCAAUGCAGUCCAAAAUGGAUGCGAGGCAAUUUCGGACUUGAACUGCCAAAAUAUGGUAAGGCAUGCGACAUAAAAUCUGCGUUCAAGCCUAGUGGUCCAUCAGGCAAUUAUUUCCAGUUUUCAAAGCUUUAAGCGGGUCAUUUUGCCAAUAAUUAUAUAGCUGCAUCAAAAUCCAAUAUUGCCAACAGAUCUAUUUUUUAUUAAUUUUUGCCAACUGUCCAAAUUUAAAAUAAA